AUGGAAGUUUUGUGCAUCUGUGGACAAUGGAUCUCAAAAGAAUCUCUCCAGUGGGAGUUUCUUGUUGAUUUGAAGAGGAAUGCAUCAAUCAUUUCCAUAGAAGAAGAUCUACUGUAUGAAGAUUUGAUGAAGAUUGUCUCUGAAGAUUUUAGUGUUAAAGAGGAAGAAAUCAGUUUGAGUUAUGGUAAUACUCGUCAGCUCAGAACUUUCAUUUCCAAGACUAGAGCAUUUGAUGGAACCUGUCGUUUGUGUGUUAAGGUUAGUACUGAUCCAGCUAGCUGUAACACUCAAGCUUCUGAUACAUUUGCUUCUACUGUUCCAUUGAAUGCCAAUCCAGUGAUUCUUUCUACUCUGCAGAGAGAAAAACAGAGUCUUCUAUAUGAAGGUGUUUCUACAGUUCCUCUGAAUGCUCUUCCGGAUUUUAGCCCUGUCCAUAUUGGACUUUCACCAACCACGAGAGGAGCUGGCGAUAUUAAGGUGAAUAGCUAUUUUAAGACAAAGAGAGAGUUGAUGUUGAGGAUGAAGAAAUGGGCUUUAGAGUGGAAGUUUGAGUACAAGACUGUCUCUUCUAACAAGUCAAGAGUGCUUUUGAGUUGUGUUGAUGAAAAUUGCACGUGGAGGAUGCGUGCUAUCAAGCUACCUCUUUCAGAUUUUUUUGUUGUUAAAAAGUAUGUUCAUGAGCAUAGAUGUGAUACAACACACAGGAAAGCCAACCACAGACAAGCAUCUGCAAAGUUGUUGGGUUCUUUGAUUUGCAGCAAUUAUGGAGAAAAAAAGGAAGGUCUCAAACCGAAACAGAUCAUUGAACAGGUCAGGAUGCUGCAUGGUGUUCACAUCAAUUACAAACAAGCUUGGAGAGUGAGAGAAGAAGCUCAGAUUUUGGUUAGAGGGACUCCUGAAGACAGCUAUUACAAUUUGUCUAGGUGGUUGUAUAAAAUCACAGAAACAAACCCUGGUUCCUUGACUUAUCAACAUGUGGAUGCUGCAGGAAAGUUCAAGUAUGCAUUUGUGGCUUUUGGUCCUUCGAUAAGGGGAUUCUCAUUGAUGAGGAGAGUUAUUGCAGUAGAUGGUACAUUUCUGAAGGGAAAAUUCAAUGGGACUUUAUUGGCAGCUUGUGCUCAAGAUGGGAAUUAUCAUCUAUAUCCUCUCGCCUUUGCAGUGGUUGACGCAGAAAAUGGCGCCUCUUGGAAAUGGUUCUUUAGAGGUAUGAGCCAGAAGAUCCCGGACGCUUCGGAUCUUGUUUUUGUAUCAGACAGGGCUAACUCCAUUUCUUCAGCGUUGGAGGAUGUAUAUCCCUUAUCUCACCAUGGAAUUUGCAGGAUCCAUCUGCUCCGCAACAUCACUCCUACAUAUGCGAAGACUGGGUUGCUAUCUCUGGUGGAAAGCGCUGCUGAUGCCUAUACGUGUCAUGAGUUCUGGUUAAUCUUCAAGGACAUAAAGGAUAAAUGUCCUGAAUUGGCUAAGUAUCUGGAAGAUUCUGAUUUUAGGAAGUGGGCACGAAGCUAUGCGCCUGCGAACAGGUAUAAUAUCAUGACUACCAACAUUGCAGAGUCUCUCAAUUCUAUGUUGAGGAUGCCUCGUGAGUUGCCCAUUAUCUCUCUCCUUGAAACUAUCAGAUUGACGAUGACCACUUGGUUUUUUGAGCGACGCGAAGCGGCUGCGAAACAUAAGCACCUGGUUACUCCAAAAGUUGUGCAGAAAUUGGUAUCUAGGUUAGGGGCCGCAAUGUUGUUGAAUGUGUAUCAAGUUGAUCGAAGCGAGUUUGAGGUGAAGAAUGAAACAAUGAAGUUUGUUGUUGACUUGGAGAAGCGGCAUUGCACAUGUAAUGUUUUCGACAUUGACAAGAUCCCCUGCAUCCAUGCCAUCGCUGCUGCUAAGCAUAUCAAGAGAGAUGAAAACCGUUUUGUUGAUGCUUCUCACUUGACAGAAACGUGGGCUAAAGCUUAUGCUGAAAGCAUACAUCCUAGUGGAGAGUUGUCAACGUCCACCUAUCCAGAGAAUAUUGAUGAACUGUCUUGCCCACCUCCAGCUACCAAAAAGAAAAGUGGACGCCCUCCUACAAAGAGAAAGAGAUCCGUUGGCGAGUUUGGGGUUCCUGGAUCUAAAUCUCAGUCCCACAAGUGCAGCAGAUGUGGCACAGGAGGGCACAACAAGAGCACAUGCGAGAGGCCUAUAGGAUGA